AUGGCAGCUAAUAAUGGAGUUUAUAUACCUGAAUCAAUGCAGAAGAAUGUAUUUAUACAUUUCCAUAUCGAUUAUGUAGAUUUUGAAGAAGACACAGAAGAUGGUAAGGGAACAACACAUGUAUUUAUGAUGGCUGGAUUCCAACGUCGUACUUUGGAUUUACCAACAGAGAGUUUUGAUAUUAAAGGGCACCUAAAGUCUAGUCUUAAGCUGAUCGAAAAUGAUUUUAACAAAAUUCUUGAUUGCCCCAAACCAUGUGGAAAGCAGUUUAAAAAAUCUACUACUGAUGAUAACUACCUUACUGUACACCCGUGGAAUGCAUAUACCUCCAUAAUCAUUGAUUCCGAGGCAGAGAGAGAUUUCACAACAAAUGUGUUUAUGUUUCCUUUGAUACCAGCGCCAGCAUCAGAUAUUUCAUCAGUUUAUACAGCUCUAAAACGAUCACAGAUGAUAUCAACCUGGUUAGGUGGUGAUGAUUUUAAAACAGUGAUUUCAUUGGACCUUGAUUUAUACACUAGAGCUUAUAAUCAUGUACAUUGCAGAACUGAUCUUAGAGAUAAAUUUAUCAUAUGCUUAGGUGAACUUCAUACCAUAUUUGCACAUUUACGAGCCAUACGGUCUUUUAUUGAACAUUUAGGAAUAGACGACGGUUGGUUAGAAGCUGAUGUUUAUGGCCCUAAUACAAUAAGGCAAAUUGAAGAGAUCUGUGUCUGCGCAUGA